UCCCAAUUAAGGGGCCCUUUUUGGGAAGCGCCAAACAUAAUUUUGAAUAAAAGUGUAUGCUCAUCAAAAUUUCAUCACCACUCUUUCUCCCUUUUGCCCUUCCCUUUUCUGUUAUCUCAUCGUCCAUGAGAGGUGUAAAACAAUGUCUGGAAAGCCUACAAUGAAAAAGACUAGUGUCACACCCUAUGCUUUACCAACGCCAAAUAAUGACCAGAACGAUGAAAAUUUGCGACUUAUUAAUCCCGAUAGUACUGUCCACCAACAACAGCAGCAUUAUGGUACUUUACCAGAGGCAGCCUUUAGUUCUUCAACUUCAUUAAUAUAUGAUGGGUCAGCUUUUUCUGGAGAAAGUAGCGAAGAAAUGAUUUCUUCAAAUAAGAUAGCAAAAAGGAAAAAGAAACGAUUGCAAAAGCAUCACAAUAAACCGGCAAAGCCAAAGCUUGUCAGUAAAUUGUCAUAUAUUGUAGGCAGUGCGCGGCAAUCCGAGGACGAAACAGAUCAAGACGACGAUAUUAUAGAUAUGCCGCCUGAAAAUUUGAUUAUACCCGAAUUAGAUCCAAAUGCAGAUGAGGUUAAAAAAUACGUACCAGCAACGAACGAAGCUUGGUUGAGGAAUCAUAAAGUGAAUCUAAGCAAUAUACGAGAGAAUUAUCAUAGAGAACGUUUGUUAGAAAGGUAAAAGAUCAAAAUUGAUCAAUCUAGGCAACACAUUGGACUCUGAAAUGUAGAUCUACUGCUACCACACAGACAUGGAGAAAUUCCACUGACAAGUGU